AUGAACCAAACGCUUAGUUGUUCGCUAAAUGGAUUGAUUUCCAGUUUGGCGUUUGUAUCCCCUGAUAAUUGUGUUGCUUCUAAUUGGAUUUUAGCAAAUGUACCUUCAGAAAAUGCUUCAGAGGCGUUUUUAACUAUUAAAACUCAACUACAUACUAUUACUGAUACAAAACACAUAUUAAAUGUCAUGAAUCUUAUUGGCCAAUUGGGUAAUAAUAAAAAUUAUGCUUCGGUUAUUAAACAACACUCAUUUCAAAUAUUAGCGCAUUUGCUAACCCAUAUCACUGACCCUGAAAUUGUCAAUGCUAUAAUCGCAAUAGCAAAUUCCUGGGCGAAUACAGGUCUGAUAGAUAAUGAACAGUUGGAAUCCAUUAUGGAUCCUUCUAAGGCAGCAGAUUAUGAUGAAAAUUUGACUGCAGGUCAAAUUGCUCAUUUGAUAAAUGAAUGUAAGAAGUCAGUAAAUUGGGUACCAUAUACGCCAAUAGAUUACCGCCAACCUAACAUUAGUAUCUCUAGUGUUGAUAGUCAGCAGAUAACGAAACUGGUGGAUCAAUGCCUAGAAGAAGUGGAAAAAUUAUAG